UUUUUUCUUCUACCGGCGCGUCUGGCAAGACACUAUACCCUGUUGCGCCGCUUGUAUAUUUCACAUUUUCGGUCUGAAGCAAUUUCAAUCCCUUUAAUGAGUCCGGACAACUUGUAAGCCAGAGAGCUGAGCUGAACUAAAAAAGUAGAGCUGGGGCUCUUAUAUACUCGCUACCAUACCACUUACCUACUUCGUGUUCAUGAAUCCCUAUUCGCGGUCUCGUAUUCUUGGCCUCUUGUGGUUAGUGCGGGGAAGAUGUAAUAUCUUGUUCCAAGGUUGAUCUGCAACCCUAUGGGGCUUUUUGUUAUAAAGGUCCUAUCAUUCUUCACAUCCGUUUGUCACCAAGCUCUUCUCUCAAAUACCCGCAUUCCCUUCUGCAAACAAACUAACAAUAUUGCAGCAUACACCUCUGUAUCAUGUCAACUACCACACCCUUCAAAUCCACCUGCCACUGCCGCAGCAUCUCCCUCACCAUCUCCAUCCCCAACUCCUCCCUGCCUCUAAAAACACACUUCUGCCACUGCAACAUCUGUCGCCGCAUCCACGGCACACUAGCCGCCAUCCACACCAAGAUUCCCGAACCCGUACCGGAACCCAGUUUCGACGACGAGAAAUGGGGCAAGUACGAGACGGCCAAAGUGACGCGGUUCUUUUGCGGGACAUGCGGGGCGCAGAUCUGUGAUCGAGCUGUUACUGGGGAGUCGGUCGAGUGGUACGCCGAUGCUAGUCUUCUGGAGUGGUGCGGCGAAGAUGAGGGCGAGUGUGAAGCGCGUGGCCGUGCUUCCGGGUUGAGCGAUUGGCCGUUUGAGUUUACGAAGCAUAUCUACGUCGGGAGUACCAAGGACGGGGGAUUGGCGUCGUGGUUGAAAAGAAUCGAUGGGAGGGAGUUGGAAGUGUGGAAAGAGGACGCAGGCAGCGAAUUACUCGACCUGGACCGUUUGACGCAUACGUCGCUGGCCCCCAGCGAAGCGCGCAAGAUCGACUUGGAAGCGUCGUGCCACUGCGGCGGCGUCCGGUUCUUCAUCUGGCCGCCCCAAUCCGAAGACGUCUUCGACAGCACCGACGCUACCAUCACUCCGAAGGACAAGACGAGGUGGUACGCCCUCCUCGACGUGUGUAAUACGUGCCGUCUGACCUCCAGCUCGGCCGUCAUCCCCUGGAUGUUCCCCGUGGCGUCGCAUCUGAGUUUGCCGGACGGUUCGGCCUGGCCCGAGGACCAUGUUGUAGGGACCGCGAAGAGGUAUCGGAGUUCGGAGAAGGUGGUGAGGACGUUUUGUGGGCGGUGUGGGGCUACAGUGGCUUAUGUGGAUGAGACGAGGUCGGGGGGUACGGUGGAUGUGGCGUUGGGGUUGGUGGAUAUGGUUGGGGAGGGGGAGGAGAGGAGGGCGGGUGUGAGGUUGGAGGAGUGGUUGGAGUGGAGGAGCGGAAGGGUCGCUUUUGUGGGGGAUGCGUGGUGGAAGGGGUUGGUUGGGGGGUUGGUGGAGGGGAUGAAGGAGAGGACGGGCGGAGAUGUUCCGUGAGACGGUUGCAACCAGCUCAAGGUUGGGCCCUAGGGGAUUGUAACGGGCCCCCGGUAAAGCGGAGUACAGGUUGGAAUUUGACGUUGCGGUUGGCCGAAAAGUCAAGGUUGCAUGCUGCUGACUUGUAUGUUGUUUACCUCCGAGGGACGUAUAGCACGGAUUCUACUUCUAGAUGGAAGCUCCCACAGCACUGCUCAAUUUGGGAACUAGAGUGAGUAUAACCGGUUCACGUAAAGGUGCUAGACAAUUCGGCACCCCAUCGGCAUCGAAAUACGAGGCUUGUCGCUCGCCGCAGCGGGAGCGGUUCCAAUCAAUUGAUUCGAUGACGAGGACAAUAUGUGAGAGUACUUUGCAUGCAGCACUUUUCCUUUUGAGGGAGAGAGCUAGGAGGUGGUCUGACGGAGAAAAGAGAGGAGAGGGACAAAUUUCAAGGAUGUCACAACCAUCAAAACGAGGAGGUGGAACUCAGAGCC